UCCAAAACCAGCCCGAGGCUGCAGCUGCAGCACUCUCGGCAGCAGCUCAGGCCUCUCGCAGCACUCCUCCCCCUCCUCCACCUGCUGCCGCCGCUGCCCAGCAGCCUGCAGCCACAGCAUCGGCCCCUCCAGCUCAGAAAGCUCCAGCCAGGACGGUGGAUCCUCCUUCACACAGCACCGUGUUCGACAAGGCCAUGGACAGCCUGGCCGGCAUGUUCCCCGACUGCUCCAGGUCGCAGCUGAGGAAGUUUGUCCAGCAGCUGCGCUCCUCCUCCGGGGGCAGCCUGAGCAGCAUGGCGCUGCAGGAUGUGGUCAGCGGAGCCGCUCAGCUGAUCUUGGACCAUCAGGAGAAGCUCAGAGCUGCCAGGUCUAACGCCGCCGGUCAGAGGAGUCCAGCCGUCACUCCUCCUCUGCCCACCCCGGUCUGGCAGGCCGUCCCACAGCAAAGCCCCGCAUACGUCAUCGCACUGAACGCAGAGGAUCCCUGCAUCAUCUGCCACGAGGACAUGAAUCCAGCAGACAUCCACGUGCUGGAGUGCAGACACAGCUUCCACCAUCAGUGCAUCAAGUCCUGGCUGAAAGAGCAGAGCACCUGUCCCACCUGCAGGAAUCACGCCCUGAUGAAUGACGAGUUCCCCGCGUUGAUCGGCCGGAGACGCCCAGCCCCGUGACGUCUUUAAAUCUACUGCUCAAACAUCCACGCUCUUCUUGUCCUUUUAUCUUUUUU